AUGCGCGCGGUCGUUUUCAGCGAUAUCGCUUCUGCAGAGCUGAGCGAGCAUAUCAGAGUCAUCGCCUCCAGGUCGUAUGCCGAGGUAGUGUAUGUGGAUGUCUCUGAAGGUGCCGAGACAGACCUGAAAACGGCAUGGCAUACGCGCUACGGUGGGGCGUUGCACGCCCCGCCACCUGCUCGCGACGAGCUGGACGAUAUGAAGGGCACCUUUGUGUGCUAUCUUACUGAGAAGAAGACCAUUGAGGACGCCGAUGUGGUGUACGCCGUUUUUAUAGCGGAGGUGCUUACUCUCAUCCUCACUCCCUCCGCAACCCUGACACCACUGAUGCACGCGGCAGCAGACAUCAGCGUGUCUUCCAGGAAAGCGGUAAUCGAGUCUUUAUUUUCAGUGGCGCCGUCACCAUCCUCUGCAGAUGUGAUAGUUGUUGAGGGCGGUGAUGGCGCCGGCAAGGAGACGCAGGCAGCGCUGCUGGUGCGACAAAUUCACGCAUCUGGCGGCGAGGUUCACGCGUUAGACUUUCCAUACGAAAGAGGUCUGUACGGGGGACUUGUGCGGACGGUGCUUUCUGGCAAGAAAGGAUCCAUCAAUGAACUUAAUCCGCAGCUCUUCAGCUUCCUUUACUCCCUUAAUCGCUUUGGCUGUGCUCGUCAGCUGCACUUUUGGCUGCGUCGAGGCAGCUCGGUGGUUCUAGACCGGUACUAUACGGCGAACUUCGGGCAUCAGGCCUCCAAGUUACCCCCAGAAGAGCGGGAGGCAUUCAUCAGCGACCUCGAGUUCAUGGAGGUGGAGUUGUUCGGACUGCCCAGGGCGACAUCGGUUCUGUACUUGGAUCUACCGCCCGCCGCGGCCCUCGAGGCAAUGAGGCGUGAUGCGACUCGGAAGCAGCUUGACAUUCACGAGACCGCCGGUGGCGACUACAAGAAAAGGGUUCGCCAAACAUACAUGUGGUGUUGCGAACACCUUCCAGGCUGGCAUCACAUCAUGUGCUUCGGCGACGACGGGCGGCGUCUCACACGGGAGGAAGUGCAUACUGCCAUCACGCGUCAUUUGCGGAGCGUCGGCUCACGUGUGUUUGGCGCGCAAUCGUGA